UUUAUUUUUUUAUUUAGACACCAGUCAAAAGGACGGUGGGUCCACGAUUGUUGCAAUGGCUGCUAUAAUAGGAAUACUUUGCAUAAUACUGACUGCAGUUUCUGGGACCUUCUUCUGGUACGUCAGAUGUCACAGGACGACAUCAGGAUCAACAUCUAAAGAAAAGACCAGUGUAGAAAACAAAGAUGGCGGACACUAUAAAAACAUGGGCAGGCAGACUGGUCGAGAACGAGACACCGCGAGAGCUGACGUUUCUCAUGAGAGCGGCUACGUGAAUUCACAGAGGUCACGUGGUACAGAUGAUGUUCCGCUGCGCCCCAUAGGUGAUAGUCAUGAAAGUGGUAACAUUAAUGAAGGACAAGAUAUCCAGCUGAACGAAUAUGAAGAUAUCGAUUCAUCAGAAUCACUGCAGAAUGCCUACGAUAAAAUAACAACAAGUUAAAGACAUCCGCUUCAUUUCUGGCAACCACCAUACUGAUGACUGAAGGAUAACUAUUUUGGGGCGAACACCACGUCAUUAUUUUGUUUCAUUAAUAGUUGACAAGGAGUUUGAAUAAUUUGUUCCAUAUGAGUUUGUACAGCAUAGCCUGCUCCAUAUUUUGUCAGUAACAAUGAAAAUACGUUUUCUAUUCCAUAUAGGUUAGUUUGUUUAAAUGUAAUUGUGUCUGGAGGACAUCAUUGUUGGCACAAUACUUCGUUUGUUAAUAAAAUAUAAAUAAGUUUUCUUUUCAUGGAGGAAAGCAUAGUGCUUGCUUUAUAGUUCGUGUGUUCAAUAACAUAUAAAUAAUUUUCAAUUUGUUAAUAUGGAGGACAGCAUUGCCUGCUCGAUAAAGGUUAGUUGAUUUAAAUGUAAUUGUGUUUGGAGAACGACAAUGUCUGCUCUAUAUUACGUUUGUUCAAAAAAAUAUAUAUAAUUUUCAAAAAAAAACAAAAAAAAACCCCUGUUAUGGAGGACAGCAUUUCCUGCUAUAUAGUUAAUUUGUUCAAUAAAAUAUAAAUAGCUUUCAAAUUGUUAUGAAGGAAAGCAUAUGGCCUUCUUCAUAGUUCAUUUGUUAAAUAAAACAUAGUUUUCUGUGGGUUUUAUGGAGGAAAGAAUAUGACCUGCUCCACAGUUCCUUUUUUCAAUAAAAUGUAAAUAGUUUCCUGGGUUUUUUUUAUGGAGGUUAGUUUAUUUAAAUGUAAGUAUGUCUGUAGGACCACACUGGAAUGCCUGCUCCAUAAUUCGUGUGUUCAAUAAAAUUUUAAUAUAUUUGUUUUAAUGGAGGACAGCAUAUUGACUUGUUCUAUGGUUCGUUUGUUCAAUAACAUAUAACUAUGUUCUAUGGGGUUUUUUUUAUGGAGGCCACCGUUGCAUGUUCGAAAUAGGUUAGUUUAUUUAAAUGUAAUUGUAUGUUGAGGACAACAUUGCCAACUCCAUAGUUCGCCUGUUCAAUAAAAUAUAAAUAGUUGUAUACUAGUAUUUGCUUUUUAUAGAGGACAGCAAAGGAAAGGCCCAUGUGUAUGAUAAUUUGCCCAUGCCGGCUUUACCAUUUACGAGGACUCCCAGCGUGAAUGUAUUCAUACACAAUCCCUUCCGAUGCCCCCCCCCCCCCCCCCCUCCCCCAGCAGAAGGUAGGGUGGACCUACCUAAGCUACUGAAGCUUACCCAUCUCAAACGUUGAGAAUAAUGUUUCGGCCACGACAACUAACCUAUUCCAAAUACUUUGCUACGCAGAACUCGAUUGUCCAAAAUGUCACGACCCACACUAAAACAGACAUAUUCGAUAUAUAAAAAAGCAGUUCCCAAACAAGUUCAUUGCCCAUUUGGUAUGGUUGUGCGCCUCCUGUGAGUAUAAUCUGACUAACGGGAUUACCUGAAAAAUUUAAAAUAACUGAGCAGAUAUUAUUCUUGACAUAGUAAUAAUAAUAACAUAAAUUAUAAACAAUAACAAGUUUGUGAACUUAUCAACAGAACAAAACGAGUUAGAUUUUCUAAUGAGAACAAUUUGAUUAAGCCAAAUUGAAAAUUCUGCGGUCCAAAGCAUUAGAAAUAUAACACACCACUGCUAUGAUAAGCAAAAUGUAACAUACAUAAUAUGUAAAAUUAGAACUAUUCCACUGUGUAUGCUAACUCCACUUAAAGGGUUGUGUGGGCGGAGCGUUCUGUCGCUGAAGUUCUGAAUGGGUAACACUAAUUUACAUAGAAGGGGAUAGUCGAAUUGUCCGAAUGUGUGAAUAAUUAUGCGGGAGAUGAUUGCAUUUCUCUAACAGCUUGUCUCACGCUACUAUUUGGAAUUUGCGCGACAAAGCCCUUGUGGCUCAGUGCCAUGGUAAUUGCAUUUCGCCUAAAGGUAUUUGUGCCUUCAAAAUACCAAAGUGAAUUCUAACUACUAAUUCAAACCUGACCUGUAUUAUUGUUAACAAAUCAAAAAACACGAUCAAUUCUUCGAUGCAGAUUGGCGUUGCAUAAAUUGAUAACAUAAUUAACACUUACGACAGAUUCGUGAUGGCCAGGCACAGACUAAUGUGCCGACCUGAAAUGCGGUUUUGCGUUGGCAUCACAGCUUUAUCGUUCCUAGUGCCAUCAAAAGAAAGGGCCCACUUGGUGCACCCUUCUUGUUUUUAUGUUGUAUCAGUUAUUCUAAUGUUCAG